UUUUGAAUGUACACCAUUAACCAUAGUAAAACUAUUAUGUAUUUCGUCUCUUUACACUCACUAAGUUAACUCUUGAUUCCUCCUUAAUGAGGUAAAAGCAAACGGUUGAUAACCGCCUGGAAGGACCAUUGUCGAAGGCUUAAAAGUUCUCAACGUUAAAUUAAAGCUUCAUAGAACGUUGUAUUCGGUCAUCUACUUCUGCGAAAGAUGGAGGUUAAAAACCUUCUGCUCUUUUUCCUCCUACAAUGUGUUAUAAAUGUCGCUAUUUUCGAUACUGGCAAUGACCUUUCCCGUUCGGCAUACUUCAAGACACUGGAGAACAAGCGACUAAUGGGCCAUGUUGUGAAAAGCUUCGAGUCGCCGAGUUUGAUGUCCUGCAGUCAUUCAUGCCUGAGAAAUACGUGGUGUACUUCUACAAACUUCGAGGUGUUUUCAGAGAAUAACAACAAAGGAACUUGUGAAUUGAACAAACACAUUAUCUCUCCUCUCGACGCGGAAUUCAGGGAUUUAAAUGAUCAGCACGGUGUUAUUUUCUCAAUGUUUUUAAAGGACACAGAGAUCAUCGAGAAAGGUGCUUCUACCUGGGUUAGGCUGAACAAGGGUGGGGUCUGUUUUGGAGCAAAAAAUGACUCGUACGGGAAAUUCACUAUUACGUCACAUGGAACUGUUAUAUCCUUGAAGCUCGUGCACAUUUCAGGUUUUAUCACGUGCGACUACAGAAACGUCCCUUACGGAAGUCACUGGGGUUGCAAGCAGUUAUCCACUAUUGCAACAAUCGUCACAAAUGCAACAAACGAAGUGAUUUUUCCACAGAAUUACAAGAACCAGGUUUAUAGGCUGCCUGGUAACAAUGCCAAUUCGUCAGAGCUGGUCUUUGAUGGGCUCUCCCCUCCCCUGAGGGUGGCUGCUGGAGACGUGUACAGAAUUUGGUAUCUCAGCGAUUUUCUGGACAAAUCGGAACAGGACAAUGAUGGGCACACAUGUUGUGAUGUUUACGCUCGUUACACUGAUUAGAUAUGGUUUUCAGUGCGAAACGAUAUAACAAUCGAUAUUGUAUAGCUCUAGUUUUCUCCCAGUUGCACAAAAGAAGAUGACCUAGAGGAUUCUGUAGCCAUAAACUGUAAUGCAGUCUACUAGAGAAAUUCAUAUCUGGUUAUUGUAGUAUUAGUAGUUGCCUGGUAAUUAUUAGUUUCAUCAAACCUGUAUUUAGGUAUGUUGGUAUAAAGGGAUAAAUGCUGGUUUUAGACCUGCACAAUUGCAGAACUAAAGAUUUGAAGACUUGUAGGUUUGCAAGACUACCUCCCGCAAUAAAGUAGUAAGUGACCAUUGAUCUGAUCUAUUUUGUUUCUUAAAAUCUCGAAGUAAUUGAUAGGUGAAAGUAAGAUCAAAACACACAGUAGUGAGAACAGAGCAUUUUGUUUAAAAAAUCUUAUUCAUGUAAGCGUUCCUAUCGAGUUUUAGU